UUCCUGUAUCAGCUUUGCAGUGCAGUCCUUCGCACCGUCCUCGCUCCUCGACCCUCGACUUCUUCGACUCCCGCCUGGCCCUGGAUCAUGCAUUCUCCGCCCCGUCUCCGACCGCGGCCAUAGUCAACUUGGCCUAACUUGUCCGUCCCAUCGAUUUUGGGACGUACAUAAUUUCCUCAAUACUUCUACCUGUUUGCUCGUUCAGCUGCGAACCCGCUGUUUUGAGUCGUCGUGCUGCCCGAGCUUCCAACUACGCAAGAUAGCUCUUCCGUUCCACCCACGUUCCUAUCCGCCUUCCUCCCCACAUAGCCGCUCCCUUUCGGCUCGAUCAUUGACCCCUGAGUCGCCCGUCAGAAUUACAGUAUAGAGAGUUUGGAUUGUCGCGUCUAGUAUGGAUGGGGAUAUUAGCCUCUCCCAGUCUCUGGGCGGGCUACGUAUAGCAAACCCCGACAAUGUCUCGUUAGAUUCAUCCGACGAUGCCUCUACGCCUGCUGCCACUACUGCUCAACCAGAGUCUACAUCAUCGACGACUGAUACAAAAGAUGAACCCACAGAAAUUGACCAGCAGGACAGCGCAGUAUCAUCGUGCCCUCCCCCUGCCGACCAUCGAAUGUCCUACCAGUCAUACCACCCCGAUGUCCAGCAGCAGCCCGCCUCACAUUAUGCUUCCCCGAUCCCGUCCCAGCCACAACAUUCCGCCCCCACGAGCUCAUCCCGCCCCGUAUCGACAUUAUACUCAAAUGGGGGCGCGCCAGUAUCAGCCAUUCGAGAAGGCCCAUAUCGUAUUCGUACAGACUCUGCCGCGUCUUCUGCUUCCGAAAGUCUGGCACGAGCCGAAUCUCGUGGAGGGUCUGCGGCCUACCAGGCUGGAGUGCCCAUCCGCGACAAUACCCAUAGCGACCGCUCGUAUCACACGGCCCAAAUGCCCCCCAACGGUGCAGCGGUGAUGCGUCAACCAUCUCGAGCACGCGCUGCAGCCGCGCAACAACUGUCGGGGUCGCCCUAUGGGACGGAAAAUGGUCCGAUGUCAAGCAGCGAUGAGUGGCAGGAGCGUGGUGCCGCUGUCACAGUAAGACAGGAGAUUGAUGCUAAUGGGAAGCCGGUCGCGCGGUACAUUAAGAAAGGGGUUCGGGAUUUCUCCUUCGGUCAGACCCUCGGUGAGGGCUCAUAUAGCACGGUCGUACUGGGGACAGACCGUCAAACCCUCAAGGAAUACGCAAUCAAGAUCCUGGACAAACGCCACAUCAUAAAGGAGAAAAAGGUCAAGUAUGUUAACAUCGAAAAAGACACUCUCAACCGCCUCACCGAUCACCCAGGUGUCGUCCGAUUAUAUUAUACAUUUCAAGAUGAGCGCUCGCUAUAUUUCGUCCUUGACCUCUGCAAAGGCGGCGAAUUGCUAGGCGUCUUGAAGCGAAUGACCACCUUCGAUGAAGAGUGUACGAGAUUUUAUGGCGCCCAAAUAUUAGAUGCGAUUGACUACAUGCACAAGCGCGGCGUCAUUCACCGAGAUCUGAAACCGGAAAACGUUCUGCUUGACAGUCAAAUGCAUAUCAAAGUCACUGACUUUGGUACGGCGAAGAUACUCAAGGGUAAUCAAGCCUCUCAGAAUUCGAGCGGCAUCCCGUCGCUAGACUCUGAUAUGCCUGAGGAGGAGCGUGCCAGUUCAUUUGUUGGGACGGCUGAAUAUGUCAGUCCUGAAUUAUUAACAGACAAGAACGCGUGCAAAGCAAGUGAUUUGUGGGCAUUCGGUUGUAUUAUUUACCAACUUCUCGCAGGCCGGCCACCUUUCAAAGCCGCCAAUGAGUACCUGACAUUCCAGAAGAUUGUUGCGCUAGAGUACGAAUUUCCUUUGGGCUUCCCCAGCGUCGCCCGCGAUCUUGUCGAGCGCCUCCUCGUCCUCGACCCAACACGUCGUCUCCCUAUCGAACAUAUCAAGAACCAUGAAUUCUUCGAGGGUAUGACUUGGGGACCCGACUUGUGGAAACAAAAAGCGCCCCGCCUGAAAGCUUAUACCCCGCCACCCCGCGAACCCAUUAAACUUAAUGGGGGCUCAGAUGGAGACAGCUUUCCCCCCAGCAUUAACACAGCACCAUCAAAUGCGAGCUCCCGAGUAAUGCCCAGGCUGAUUACCGAAUUGCCGGCUCCUAGCCAAUUGGACAUUGAGUGGUCUCCUGUGCUGACAAAAAACAACGAAAGGAUUCUGAAGUUAGGGAACCUGGUUGUCGUGUCAUCUGCAGCCUCUCACAGUCCCGUCUCCAAAAAUGGGGAGUACGAAGCGCCAAAGAAGUUUUCACGAUUCUUCGGCGGUAGCACUACGAAGAAGCGGCAACGCCUGGUAAUGAUUACCUCCUCCGGUCGAAUUAUCAUGGCUGCUGCCGGCGGCGACGAGAAAAAAGCAAAAAUGGAACUGUCUCUGCUUGCUCCGGGAACACAUUAUCGCACAUCUACAGACGCUAAAGGUGUAUCGUGCUGGAUAGUGGAUACGCGCGAGAAACACUUUGUCUUCGAAGACCCAAAGCCGUCAUCAAGCAAUGCAGGCACAACCGCAAUAUCUGCGCAGGACUGGUUGGAUACCCUCGACCGAGCACGAGAGAUGGCUUUGGCGCAACAGCAAAAUGGCCAAUACUCAGCCGAUGACGCAUUCCGUGACUUAUCGUCUGGCUUCUCAAGCCCCGCUAACACCCUAGAUAGGGCAGCGGAAGCUCCCCAAGAAUCAGCUCCACAAGGACGGGCAACCCUUGUCAAGCACCAAGGAAACGAUUCCGAAUCCAUCAAAGGAAGGAAACGUUUUAGCCGGCGCCAUUCGAAAAAUGGCCUAGCUGCGGUUUUCUAG